UCUCCACACUGAAUGGACGGAAGUAUAUUUUCGACGGACAAGCAUGGCAACCAAAGGCGCUUCGCGGCAGGUUCUCCGCGUGAUUGUGAGAAAUAUCGCCGCCUCUUCUCUGCUCAGUCCUCUUCAGGUGGGGAGAUGCUUCCUCCUUUCCCAGCCCAGGUUGCUCUGCUCCUCCAGCAACCAGACCUCUCUGCAGUCAGCAGGACACAUCUCUAAAGUCAGUCAUGGAUCUAAUAAGCCAGUCACAGAGCUAUCCCUGCGGACUUUAGUGGAUAUGGGUUUCACAGAACCACAGGCAGAACAGCUACAUGAGGCUGUGUCCACAGUCAGGGGAGCAAGUGCUACCAAACAUGCUCUGUCAACUCUCACAGCUCUGUUCGUUUUGGGCUACAACACUUCCAGUGUGCAGAAACUGCUGCUAAAAUGUCCUGAACUGUGCACUGUCAAGGAGCCGCAGCUUCAGCAGCGGAUAAGCAACCUGCGAAAACUAGGUUUUGUGGAAGGCAGUCUUCAGAGAGUUGUGGCCCAUUACCCCCAGAUCCUGACUGUGCCUGUGAAGAAAGUCAAUUAUGUGGUGCUGUUUCUCAGAGAGAGGUGCCUGUUUACUACCAUGCAGAUCACAGAUAUCCUCAGAGACAAUCCAGCCAUAAUUCUGGAGGAUCUGGGUCAGGUGGAGUACAAGUUUCAGUAUGUCUUUUUCCGAAUGGGUAUUAAACAGAGAGAGAUGAUCAAGUCUAGGUUGUUCCGUUUCUCCCUGGACGAGGUUCGCUCCCGGCACUGUUUUCUGGAGCGUCGAGGUUUAUAUCAAACCCCUGACAAGAAAGGCCAAACCACUACCGUCAACCCUAAACUGGACAGUAUCCUUAACGUUAACCAGGACACCUUCCUCACAGCAGUUGCCAUGGCGUCAGCAGAGGAGUAUGAAAUCUUCCAAAGACUUAUGGCAAGAGAAUGGCAGGAACAGGAGAAAGAGUAUGACAGUAUUGAAGCUGACAGUGAUGAAGAGGAGGAUGACGAAGAUGAUGAGGAGACUGGAGGCAAGCAUGGAUACAGAAAGUGGAGAAAGAAAUGAAUAUGAAAGACUAAAAGGACUGGAAAUUAUUUGAAGAGGCAAUUAAGUGAUUUGAGAAAAUGACAUCUGAUUAGAAAUGAAACAAUAAAAUCAUCCCUGUCAGCUGUUUGUUUAAGUCAGGUUUAUCAUGAAGUGCUAGAGAGUAUUCUUAUCUAAAACACACAUGGAAAUAUAGUGUGAUGUUGUAAUUGGUGUACCCAUGAUGGCAGCAAUGAGUGGAGUGAUACCUCUGAUUUGGGCUUUCCUUUGCUGUUAUAUAACCAGGACCUUUAUACAUAUGUAAGAUGGCGUGACGUUAAUGUGCCGUCAGGCAGAUCGAUAAGGAAUCUAUAUGGAUGAAUUAUAAAUGUCUCCCACCAAAAAAGUGCUUGGGUUUUUCCUUUAACAACUCUGUAAAUUAAAUCAAGGUCAUAACUGAAGUGAAAUAAAGGGGGACAUGCAGAUUUAA